AUGCCUGACUACAAAUUCAUUGUUCUCGACAAUCAUGGCAAACGGGCCAAUCGUGCGGCCCGAAGCCAUGCUAUGCGCACAGCCCUGCAGCUGCGAUCAGAAGGUCCGCAGAGCGCGAGCUCGUCUCCAUACAACACUUCGGCUCUUACUACGAAAUUACAGGCUGAGCUAAAAGGCCGCUUCCGACUCCCUGUCGCAAACGAAAAUACAGACGGUCACACUCGCGGAGGCUAUGAGAAGGAAGUGGGGGAGGAAGGAGAACAAGAAGAAGUUGGCUCGAGUGAUCCCAUGGUUAUCGACGGCCCUUCAAUGCCUCAGGAUUCCUCGUCCGUGACUGUGUGGACUGGAACUCCGAUAAAUGCGUUUGCGAAUCACCCUGUGGAUCCAUUUAACACAAUACCUGUGCCUUGCAACGGGACAGUUGACCUCCUGACGAAAUACUUUAUGUAUGGACUGAAAUUAAAUAUCACCACAGUAAACCCAAACAAUACCUGGAUUGGAUUUGCUCUGAGCGAUAUGAUUUUAUUCCAUGCAACUCUCGCAUUUGCCGCAACUGUCUGGAACGCCAACAUAGUUCGUCCUUUAUCAUGGAUAACUCAUGCAAGUUACCACCACAAGGGUGUAGCAAUGCAGAUGGUCAAUGAGCGGUUAACCGAUCAGCGGUACGCGACUUCGGAUGCAGUGGUCGGCGCUGUAGCGACCCUAGUCAACAUCGAGACCCUAGCUGGACAUUUCAGUGCUGCAGAUGUCAAUCUUAAAGGCUUAGUGUCCCUCGUCGAAGCUAGAGGGGGGAUUGGAACCUUGAAGGAUAAUUUCAUCAUAGAAAGGGCCGUUACAUGGUCAGUGCAUGGUUCAGAUCUUCGAAGCGUCUUCCACUGCUAA